GACGCGCCUACGCGACUUUUAAAUAAAAGAAUAUCAAUUUUUAUUUUUAAUUUCGGUCUGAUUAGUUUAAACAUGAAGAAUUCUUAUUUGAGAUUGUUCUUUAUAGUAUUCGUGUAUGGACCACUGUAUGUUUUCAUUUCGAUAUUCUUCGGUAUGAUAACUAAGUACAUUAUUGCGAAUUUUAUGUAAUUGGUGUGUUUGUGGACUUAACAUCAUAUUAUCGGACGCCCGGGAGGUAUAGGAUCGAACGGUUGACGGGCACAUUUGUGUCCUUGUGAAAAACAAAAUGAAGAUAAAAAUAAACAUGACACCGCAAAGGCAGAGAACAUUGUUGUUGGUGAUCAUUAAUUUGGUGAUCUUCUAUUUCUACAAGAUGUUGGUGGCGUAUAUAAAAAAGUUAUGGUACGGCGAAGAUACAAGCGUUCAAGUGCCGGGAGAAGGCACUUCGCGUGAGACAACCGAUUAAGUUACUAGUGAAGAGGUUCAGUCUGGGAACAACUCGCUGCAACCUCAAAUAACAAAAGACAAUUACUCAAGUUCAGUUUAGUUGUUUUGGAAGAAAAUAUUUAGUUCAAAUUUAAUCAGUUUUAAUUAACUUGCUUUUGGAUGUCAUCCGACGACCACCAAAAGAAGAAAGGAGGGGGAAGGAAGAGGUCAGCUCGUCGCCGCGCCCGCAAUGCUGCGGACCGGGAAGAGCCUCCUGGUCCCCUGAUUACACUUCCGCAAGACCUGCGAGCACAUCUCGAUAUGGAUGGUGAUAAUGCUCAGGAUAACUUCCAAGAUGCUUCGGGCGAUUCACCGGAUCCCAACGUGAAUCUGCAAAUGGCCCUCGAUGACUGCGAGAUGGCCAUCAAGCGCUUCUUCAAUAAUGAAUUAGAUUCAGCCAUGGGCAUCAUGGAGGCUCGGAGCAGAACGUCAAUUUACCACAGCCUGGGUGUUUCGAUAUUCGAGUUCAUUCCUGCGGUUUUAACCCUGGAUUCGGCUCAGGUAGGCCGCGCGAUCCAGAGCCUCAAGCUGACAGUCCAGUUAUGCAACCAGAACCGGAGGAGCUACACGAUAAUGCAGACGAUAGGGACGAUAAUGGCCAAGCCGAACUACUCGACAAUGACCGACACGGAAGCACACGCCGAGCUCUGCUACGCGGAGUCGAUGCUGCUCCAGGCGGCCCUAUGCGUCAUAGAGGGAGAGGAUAUCGCGGCCUUCCUCAGGGCAACCAUGAAAAUCAAGAAUUCCUACAACACCUACAAGGAGUGCUCGCGAAUUCUCGAGAAAAAGACGUGGGCAAGUAUAGAGUCGCGCCAACAUUUCCACAGCGGCGUUCGCCUCGGGCUAGCAACCUUCAAUAUCAUGAUAGCAUUAUUACCGGCGAGAAUUAUUACGCUCCUAGAAUACGUCGGAUUUUCCGGCGACAAGGAGGCUGGGUUGGCAGAGCUUCAAAUUGGUGCGAAGCAGCCGGGCCUGCGUGGCGUUCUCUGCGAAAUUGUCUCGCUGGGUAUCCAUCUCGUGGUGAGCCAUUUUGCUGGAGCCACACCGAACAUUCAUCAGUGUCGCGAAAUAAUCGACGCGCAACUGAAAGUGUACCCGGAGGGAGUCUGGUUUCUCCUCUUCGAGGGACGUUUGGAGUUACUCCGCGGUCGCUGCGCCUUGGCAGCGGCAACUUACCGCCGAGUCGCCGAGACCCGUCAUCUUUGGCCGCAGCUUCGCCAUCUAUGCUACUGGGAGCUGAUGUGGGCGAGCGCUAUGAUGAUGGAUUGGCGCACGGCUGCUGAGUUCGCUGGACGUCUGAUUGAAGAGAGUUCUUGGUCUAGAACAAUGUACUGCUAUGCAAAAGCAGCGUUGCUUCUGCAAAUGGGGGAGGAUUGUACGUCCGAUGAACGAAAUCAUAUCACCGAUUUGCUCAAAGCUGCUCCCCUGUAUCGUCAGAAGAUAGCGGGGAAGUCCCUACCGAUGGAGAAAUGGGUCCUGAUGAAGUGCUCGAGGUACACGGCGCAGGGGGGGCGGCUGAUGAUGCCGGCGAUGGAGCUGCUUUGCCUGUGGAACCUGAUGUCAGCCCUCGCCGCCGACGUUCCCACGCUGCACUACCUCCUUAAGAAGAUAGACAAUGCAAGCGAGACCCUUGACAGAGAAGAGACACGUUGGCCAGCUGCCCUGAUUCCUGACAAUCGUGCGUUAAUCUUCUAUCUACGCGGCUGUUGCUUAUCUGCACUUGGAAUGCAACGUUUGGCAAUACAACAGUUCGAUAAAGUCGUUGGUCUGAAGAACAUGAUCAAAUUGGACACAUUCCUGGUGCCAUACUCCCUCUAUGAAGCGGCCUCCUGCCAUUACAACCUCGGCGAGACAGACCGCGCUGUCCGAAUGUGGCAAGAAACCAGGAAGGGAUACUCCAACUAUUCCCUGGAAUCUCGUCUCCAUUUCCGUCUGCAUUCCAAGCUGGAGAUGGCGCAGAAAGCAUCAGGUCAGGCUGCUACCAACAUGUCUCUGCCCUCAAGGUCUCCAAAACACACGAACAUACAUGACAAAACCAUCUAAUUUAUAGGUCUUAUUACCAUGUUAACUAACAGGGUAAAGUCAGUAACGCGCGUCUAUAUGUGUUAGAUUGUCUCGAUAGUAUUAGUUGUAGAGUCACACGCGUUGAGACAAAGCAGAUAACAGUCUAGUACUGUUCUGCACCUAAUUAGGGGCUCUUCUCUGCCCCCGCGUGGUAUAUUUAAGUCUUGUAUAAUGGUAAGCCACUUGGCACAUAUUCACUUAAUUGGAAUGCACCCAUUAUACCCGGGUUGCUUAGCGUAUAAGAGUACUGUAGCUUUUAAGACAUAUUAACCGCAUUUAAUGGAACUACAUUUGUAAGGUUAAAAGCCAACUAAUUAUCAAAUUCACUUACAAUUUAUUUGAAUCAAUAGACCUAAAAAUUAAAUUAUUGGAAAAUUGGAACUAAAUUAAA